UGAUAGUGUUUUUUUUCCCUGUGAGCUGCCAAUUUUUGUGCAAAUAGGCUCCAGGAGACUUCCACUAGUGAAGGAUAUUUUCUGAAAUAAAGAAAGGAACCACCUGGUCUUUUGUGAUGUUGAAAUUCGGUCUCUAAAGCUAUAUCCCCUAGAAUUGGUUUCUUAUUCUCCUUGCAUGUCACAGUGAUGAUGCUUGACCUGACUUGAAUGUCACAUAUUGUCAUUAGUGCCCUUUCUUGCCAUUCUUUUCGUUGUAUGGCUGUCUAUUGCUUCAUCUAAUUUGCAAUCAAGUUGUCCUUAAGAGCAUUUGGGUUGAUGGUAAUUUUGAUUGAAGUAGUUUGUUGUUCAAGCUGUUUAGCCUUCUUUAGUAGAGCAAGCUCCAGACAUGCAGGAGUUCUGCUCCUAGCCAGAUGGGAAUAUGUUCCUGACACAAGAAUAACCACCAGGUACAACUGAUCUUCUACUGGUGCUUGAAGAAUCAGAAUCUUAAAGAAGAAAGUAUGAUGGACCACACAGUUCCUUAAUUGAGAAGCCAGAAGGUGAUAAGACGAAAUCUCAAGUUGUAGAUGACAAGACGAAAAAGCUUCACGUGCGAACCAGAAUGUUUCCUGGAGAUCUUCACAAUUUCUCAUACAAACUCAUGCUGAACCAGAGCAGAAGACAUACUACUUGUUGGAUGAUUUAACCUUUCCAUUGGCCCAGGCCGCCAUUUUCCCUUUUUAUUCUUUUGAAAAUUGUGGGAGAAUAUUGUCUUUUUUUUUCUUCUGUUCCUUUUGUCUGUAUGUUGUUGUGUUUUUGUCAUCAAACUAACUGAAAGUCCAACAAUAGGCCUACAAGUCAACAGACCAAGCAAGCAGCCAUUCCAUUUCUUCAGCACAGAGCACAGGGGAAAGAAACCGGGCAAUGGGUCGUGGGAGCCGGUGUAAAGCAGGCAAAGGCAGUAGCACUAGCUCUGCCUCUCAAGAAGUUAGCAGCCGUGAAUGGGAAGUGGUGACAAUGAAUGAACAAGAAGAAGAUCUCAUCUCCAGAAUGUACCGGCUCGUGGGUCAAAGGUGGGAUUUGAUUGCUGGACGAAUUCCUGGGCGAACGCCUGAGGAAAUUGAGAGGUUUUGGAUCAUGAAAAACCGUGGAUGUUCUUCUGCAGAGAGAGAAGCGUUUAAUACAACCAUGAAAGAGUGAAAGCUUAACAGCAGGCACAUUGGAGAAUAUAGUUCCAUGGCUUCCUAGUUUUAGCUUCUUGGUUUCCCUCUCAAUGUUUACUGGGUUUUUUGAGAACCCUGUUGAGCAUUUUAUGGCUAAUGAUUCAAAUUCACAUGCGGCCACUGUAAUGCUGUCAACACAAAUACAAUCGUUUUAUUAAUU